AUGUCACGAGUGUCGGCCUCGUACAAGAAGCAAGAUGGCCUCCUCUCCAUCAAUUCUGAUCGUCUCACAGUCCACUGGGCGCCAGCCGCACCUCCGGGUACUCCGCCGACACUCACCAUAGCCGUCUCCGACAUCACCAACCUGCAGCAGACCCCUGCCACGAGUGCCAAGGUCUCGAUCAAGAUCGUCGCGACCGACAACUACGUCUUCGCCUUUAGCUCACCAACCGCCCGCGAUGACCAGGCUGCCAUUACCAACACGCUGCGACAAGCCAUCGAGGCGCACAAGGCCCGGGGCCAGCCGCCCCCCGCGACCUCAGCCACGAACACGCCGACCCCCAACGCUGAUGGACAGGCCCAGUCGGCGGCUAUGACAUUCGCAAAGGCGGCUUCUGGGGCCAGUGGCGCGGCAGCAAAGCCGGAAGACGAGCUGUUCAACGACGCACGGCUGCUGGCAGAUGUGGACCUGCAGCGCUCGUUGCUCAGCAAGGACUUGGCCACGAGAAAGAGAUUCGACGAGGCGCUGCGCGGGAAGCCGGAGAGCAUCAGCGUGGGCAUGUUCUCGCAGCAGUUUUGGAGCACAAGGGUGCAUCUGCUGCGCGCGCAUGCCGUCGAGCUGAGUCAGCACCACGGUCCGUACAACGCGCUAUCGGCCAUCAAGUUCAAGUAUGAUGAUGAGGGCAAGCCGACGACGAUCUUGACGCGGGGUCAAAUUGCGACCAUCUUCAGCCAGCAUCCGCUGGUGAGGCGCGCAUACAAUGACCUGGUUCCUCCAAUGAAGGAUACGGAGUUCUUCAGCUCAUUCUUUGCCAGUCGGCUGUAUAAGAGGCUCAAGGGCGAGAAGAUCACAGAUAUGGACCCCAUGAACCCCAAGCUGGACAAAUACCUGGACGACAGUGAAGAAAACGAGCGAGCAAAAGGUCUGAACGUAGAGCAUUUCCCGCACUUUUUGGACAUUGAGGGCAACGAGCAAAAUCACAGCCAACGCCGCGGAAACAGGCCGGACAUGACGAUGCGGCCGUCGGGAUACGACAAGGUGCCUAUCCUCAAGAGUCUCAACCGCGUGUCGGAGCACAUGAUGGCGGAUGUGCUGCCAGCGGACGUGUACGACCCGCACGCGCCGGUUGGCGUCGACGAGAUUACAUUCGAGCAGCUGCGACUCCAAGAUCUUCAGCGAAAUAACGAGGACAACCGCAUCAUGCUCAACAUCCGCGAUCAGCAGCAGUUCUUCUCGCGCGACGUUCAGGCAUCCACCGAGGCCAAAGUGUACGCAAAGCAAUCCCCUAAGGAUGUCAUUUCUACGCUCAAAAACGAGCUUCAACCCGGCGGGGCUCAGGGCCUGAAUCUGCCGGCUGCUAUCGGCGUUGACGACAACAGCGAUAGUGAAGAGGAUGCGCGAGCCACCAAAGCGGGUAAGGUCCGCAUUGGCACCAAGGCGAGCCGUAAUUCGGCGACGCGCCAGAUCCUCAACGCAGUGAAGCAGCGGUGGGCACAGACGAACGACUUCUCGACGCCGCUGGGGACGUUUGCGCCCGUGUCGUCGGUGAGCAACAGCACGGGGCUGUCGAGCAACGCGGUCGACGGGCUGACGCUGGCGCACAACACGACGAUCGAGUUCCUGCACUAUUUCUACGCCGUGUACCACUCGGGCGACGCGGAGCGGGCGGGCGAGCUGGGCACGCUGGCCGAGACGCUGGACAAGUCGCUGGAGCGACUGAAUGCCAUUGCGGCGGACGCUGAGGCGGAGCGCGCCGCCCUCGUCGCCGACGCCCGCCGCAGGAAUGACGAGUACACGGCGCGCACGGGCAAGCGGCGCCGCUUCGACGAGAGCGCCAUCAAGGGCGGCCGCGAGGGCGUGCUCGCUGUCGUCAAGCCCACGGUGCGUGCCGUCACGGAGGCGACGUCGCGGUAUCGUCGCGAGCUGGCGGCGCAGUUGGCUGCGGUCCAACAGCAGCAGCAACAACAGCAGCAGGCAGCUAUGGCGGGGGCGGGGACGCCCGUUGCCGCGUAG